CAUUAGUCCAGCAUUACCGCGCAACUCGUCCCCGAACAUACAAGAAAGUUCCAUUGCGCAAACGACUAUUUCUACUCACUCUUUGUCGUUCACCAACCAGGUGCAUAGACGCUCUGGUACGAAACUGAAAACCUCCUCUCCUAAAAGCUGUGAACCUCUAAAACUGAGGAACAGCCUUGUUGCAAAGAACACUGGUAACAAAACCUCACGUGGAAUCUAUACGGGUGCUCCUAAGCACAAUAAAAACACAGCUAUUUUAAACGUUCCACCAAACGCUGUCACCACUGAAAACCAGCAGACAAUCGGCAUAUCUCCAACCAUGCAGCAUUUGAAUAUGCGACCUGUGCGCUCCAUAACUUGUGAGCCACUUGCUAGUGAACUUCAAGUAGCUGAGAGAAAUUGGCCCAACCAAAAUCCUCUCAAACUACCUCAACAUGUAAAUAAUCUUAACUGGCACGUAGGUUAUGUGCAACAGCCAGCAAACUGUAAUCUCCCAGUGGGUCGCCAUUUUCCCAGUAUUUCACCCUUCCGACCUUUUUUGGGGGUCCAGUGGCGUUUUACCCGCCACACCCCCAAAUGACACUAAUUCCGCAAAUUAUAUGUCCUCCGUAUCCACCACCCCACUCCACUCUCUCCAAAUACCACCUCGUUGGGGUCCUGUACCUGGAUUCCUGUAGACAACCCAACGGAUAACAAGACACUGCACUUACUUUUAAUUAAUUCCCGUUCACUGUUAAAUAAAAUGCACUUCCUGCGUAAUAUUCUUCACCUUUCUUCUCCUGAUAUAGUACUAAUUACAGAAACAUGGUGUUCAGCAGAGAUGUCUGACACAUUGUUCAGGAUACUGGGUUAUAACAUCUUUCGUAAUGACCGCCUUUAUGGUAGAGGUGGUGGCUGUAUAAUCUACGUCAAAGACAAAUACUUGGUUCUGCCUCUGAAUGAACCACUCCUACGGAAACUUCCUGAUUCGGUGUGGAUUACAAUUUCUAUUAAUCCAACAAAUCUCUUAGUAGGUUGUAUUUACAGACCCCCAUCGUCUACACUCACCGUGACCGAUGACUUGUUGGACACAUUUUCUUUUAUUGCUGACCUCUCAUACACUAAUAAAAUAAUCGCUGGGGAUUUUAAUAUGCCCGAAAUCCCAUGGUCCCUUAACAAUAAACCACAAAAACACAAUCCUUUUAUGUCUACUCUUGGUCGACUGGGAUGGGUACAGCACGUCACAGAACCUACACGGCUUGGUAACACACUUGAUCUAAUAUUUACUAUGGGAUGUUCGCAUGUGUCCACAUACAUCAGUGACAAGUUGCCGGGUAGUGAUCAUAACAUCGUUGGUUGUUCUUUCCAAAUUCUUUCUAAACCGAUAGAAUCAGUGAUCAAUUACCGCCCAUUCUCUUCUGUGAAUUGGUCAAUUUUCUCGGAUCUUAUAAGGUCUUCAUAUUGGGAUCCAUUCUUCUUAGCACAGAAUGUACAAAUUGCUUGUAAUGAAUUCUACCACCGCAUUCAGCUUUGUGUUGAAGCUGUGGCUCCAGAACGUACCAAGAAGUUGAAAAGGACUGCUGCACCUGCAGGCAUCUCAAAAAAGGUAGCCACUAAACUUCAUAAAAUAAAGAAAAAAUUUAGGAAAACAAACGAUUUUACUCUGCUGAUGCUCCACACCAGAUUGCUUACAGCGUUAUACCAAGACCACCACAAAAUGCUAUGCUCUGAGGAAGUAAUGGCACUGAAGGGCGCCAACGUGGUAGGCUGCAUCUCAAAACUUUUGGACCGUAGGCAGAAUAGAAAAUCAAGUUGUAUAAACACCAUUGUAAACUCUGAUGGAACUGCCAUAACCGACCGUGCAAUCAUAUGUUCGAUCUUCAAUGACUACUUCAUGUCUACUUAUAGCACUAAUGCGAAUGAAGAUCCUCAGCUCAAGCUGAUACACAGAGGCAGAAAUACACUCCAAACUGUUGAAUUUACACUUAGUGACAUAUGUCGCCAACUCAGAUUAGUUCGGCCAUCAUGCUCACCAGGCCCUGACAACAUCCCUCCAAUACUGGUAAAGCACGGAGGUCCAGACAUCCCCCUGUUUUUGCUUAAUGUAUUUACACUUUCCAUGCUCAAUGGGGAGUAUCCUAUACACUGGAAACAAUCAACUAUAAUACCAAGACACAAAAGCGGAUCUAUGCAAGAUGUAAAAAAUUACCGCCCAAUCCACCACACAUCUAUUAUCUCCAGAAUCAUGGAGAGGAUAGUUAAAGAACGCAUAAUAGAAUAUUUGAGUUCUAUGAGCCUUCUCAGUAAACAUCAGCACGGUUUUUUGAAAGGUAGGUCGUGCACUACCUGUCAGUUAGAUUACCUUGAUUAUGUGACUAGAGCAAGAGACGCCGGAAGUGCCAUCAUCGUAAUAUUUCUUGACAUCCAAAAGGCUUUUGACCGUGUCCCACACAAUUUAUUGUUGCGGAAGCUUAUGUCCUAUGGUAUCACAAAUUCGCUUCUAGAUUGGUUGUCUUCCUACCUCGAGGGUAGAAAGCAAGUAGUCAAAAUCGGUAACUAUACAUCUGAAGCCACUACAAUCUCUAGUGGAGUGAUUCAAGGUAGCGUGCUAGGCCCGCUUUUAUUCUUAAUCUAUUUCAACGAUCUCCUUGAUGAAAUCUCGUAUGGGAAGCCGUUCCUUUUCGCUGAUGAUGUUAAAAUUGUGUAUUGUUCCGCCCCUGGGCAAUGUAGUCCUAACUUAGCCUAUAUUCAGUCUGACUUGUCCGCAUUGGAGCUCUGGAGUAACUCCUGGAAGUUGCACUUUGCCACUGACAAGAGUAAUCUAUUGUACCACGGCUGUGGCCCUUCUCUGAACAUCCUUACAUUAAACGAUACCCCUAUUCCUGUGUGUGGCGCAGUCCGAGACCUUGGUCUAAGAUAUUCUGCCUCGUUUAAUUUUUAGAGCAUGUUAUAUUCUUGCAGGCUUCUGCCAGAAAAGUGAUCGCCUAUAUAAGUCGAACUCUUAUUUUGAGGGAUUCCAGGCUUCAAGCCUUUAAAAUAUGUGUUAGGCCGAAGCUUGAGUACUGUACGAUAGUGCAUAGUAAUCUGAGAAAAGUGGAUAUUAUAGCACUAGAAAACAUUCAACGAUCAUUCACAAAAAGGUUUUUGAACAUGCCUAAUACUAUGACAUACCGUGAGCGUUGCGAGGCGCUAAAUCUGGAGCCGCUAUGGCUACGCAGACUCAAACUUAAUCUGUGCCUUCUAUACCGCUUACUAUUCGGGUUAAGCUUCACUGCUCAGCCACAACUCGAGUUUCAGACUCGUAUGCGCUAUGAACUAAGAAACAGCGAGCGCACGGUGAAAAUACCAAAGUCUCGCACAAAGCUCCGCUCAAAUUUUUUCUCCGUAAAAUAUGCGUUAAUAUGGAACAAACUUCCAUCGAGUGUUAGAAACUGCACUACCUAUCCACAAUUCAGACGCAUGAUUAAUAUUCACCUGACUGUUGCAAAUAUCUGGUCAACACUAAGCCAAACGGUGACUCUAGAUGAUUUGUAUGAGAAAGGUCCUGGAUACAUAUGAAAGUCACCAUAUCCUCUAUUCGUUUCAAUAAUAUAAGAUUACCUACAUAUAGUUGCAUUCUUGAGUAUAUAUUUGAGAACGAUCUUACUCCUAUCAAUCCGUCUAACCAAUUCUGUUUUCUCCUUUGACGCACUGGUUCGUAGAUGCACUACGCCUUUCAAGCUGAUGUCUCUGUACCAUCGUCGUCACUCGCCAAGAUUUUCCAUCAAAUUGUGACUGGCCUAUCGGCAAGCGUUUGUAUUCAUCAUUAUGUUUUAUAAUUCCUCAUACUUUAUCUUCUUCUUUGUUUCACCGUUGGUCAUGACUGGGCUGAUCUCUUGUGGUGACGGAUUACAGCUUCCAAAAUAAAAAAGUAUACCCAUGCAAAUCAUAUUACUACUGACUCGCUGGCUUAAAACAAAAAAGUGCCAUACUUGAUUGAUCCGCAUGACAGAACGGGCUGAGGCUUCAUCGCCUAUAAUGUAUGCAUAAAACAGCCCUAAAAAAGACAUUUGAUACCUAGUUCUGAUGGCCUAUUUACUAUCUUGCCACACAGGCACAGAGCCAAUUGGAGCAUGGAAGUGCGGGUGAAACCCAUCGUGGAAAUACCCUGCAUGGAAGCAAGUCCCCUGGGGACAGUUCCAUGGAUGACCGUAUUACUUUACUUGAACUUUCCGUGAAAUCUACAUUUAUUAUUGUUCCCAGUUUCUUUAUCUCUCUACUUUUUCCAAACUGCUAAUCAAUUCAAAAACCCAUAUGGGAACCAUUGAUCAAAAGACGAAUAAUUAACUAUAUUAUGCGAUCACGUUGUACAUGUUGAUAAGACCACCCAAUUGGUCUGUGCCUCGCACUGCUGAGGAAUAAAACGUUUAUUUAUUUAUUU